GAAUACUUGUUUGGAUAUAUAGUUUUGCUUCCAAUUCAUUCAUUCAUUCACUCGUCCACUUCCACCCAAUUAAAGUUGUCUGAUUUAAUUUUGGGAAAUUAUGAUGCUGAUGAUGAUGGAAAGCUGCUUCGCAGAUGUGCUGGUGAAGGUAGGCAUGUUCAUCCUUGUUCAGGCCUUGGUAUAUCUCAUCCUUUCCAACUCAUCCAAUAUCUUCUCCAAAACUACCAAGAGGUCCCACAGCUUCAAACCAGCUCGCUCUGUUAGUAUUCGCCGGAUGCUUGCUGCUCUUUCUGACUUACCCGCCGGCGGCGAGCUCUCUCCUUCAACAAACUCAACGGACAUGAACACGAUGAUGAUGCACUCCCCUAACAGCAAAAGUAGUAGCCAAGAAAACUCAACCGCUCGAUUUUCCCAAUUAAAUUAAGCACAUAUGUGUAUGUGACAUGUAUGUCCAUUUGAAUUUAAAUUUGUUUUUUUACACAAGAUUGUUAAUAUUCUAGGCUAGCUAUAGCCCCCACACCAUUUUGCCUAAAUUUGUUUGUGAGUUGAGAGAUUAUUCAUUUGUUCUUUUGGUUUAAUGUCUUGUAAUAUGUAAUACUGGGUGUAUAUUGGUAUUAGAAUUUUGAGACAUUAUUUUGAAAAUUAGAAUGAAUUUUGAUA